UGAAUGGUGAUAGUUUAGAAUUUCUGAAAGUUGGAAGAUUUACUUUGGUAAAUAUGGGACAGUGUAUGAAAAAAAUAUUUUCGGAGAAGAUAUCUAACGCAAAUGAAAAAGGUUUGCAGCACCAUUCAGAGGUUCAGAAUUUUGGAGGAAUUACAUUGAAAAAGAUCUUACGAAAUGCCAUUGGAGGGAAUGCUAAAACAACAAUGAUCAUGCAUUUCAACAUAUCAUCACCUACUCUUGAAAAUGAUUUAAAUACUGCCAAUUGUAUUUUGAAAAUUGCAGACUCGCAUAACAGGCCUAAAAUCUGCCAGAAACUUAUCCUUCGAAAUUCUCUAGAUAAAUAUGAAGAGGAGAUCCGGGAAUUACAUCGAAACAUAAAUGCUACAGAAAAUAAAGUUGGAUUAUUGGUUUGUGGCAAAUAUUACAGUUGGUUGAAAAACAGUUUGUUAUGUGACACUGAGACUUUGAAAUCGUUGGAACCUAGAUCAAAUUUAACUGAUAUUUUGAAUUGUAAAAAACACAUUCUUGCACAAAUCAAUUCUUCCAAAAGUGCUGUACAAGAGCAAAUCAAAGAAGAAGAAAAAACCGAAGAAAUUACGGCUGAGCUGGAGAAAUUAAGAAAUUCCAACCAUUCACUUAAUGAGAAAAUUUCAUCUGUUGCAAAUAAAGUCCUUUCACUCAAGAAUGUUUCAAGUGCCUCUAAAACUUCUACGAACCAUUUAAUAAUGGAACUUUCAAAGAUGAGAGACAUAAAUGCAAGAGUAAUUGAAAAUAUACAGAUGUUAAAUAAAGAUUUGAAAAUCUUUUAUGAAACUGCUGAGGCAGAAUUUUCAUCUUUGCAAAUUGACUUGGAAUCUGUUUUGGUUUGUUUCAAAAAUAAUUUGGAAGCAGUAAAUGUUGAACAAAGUGAAAGUUUGAGCAAACUAAACGACUUAAAUUUAAACUGCGAUUCUGCUUCAAAUACCUGGAAGUUUUGCAUGGAUUCCUUACUGUCAAAUUUGCAUGCUUUUAUUGAUAACCAUAACCAAAAUUGCUUCAUUCUGAGAGGAAAAAUUUUAACCGAGUUAGAAACUCUUAAUAAAACUCAGCAGGAAAUAACUGAUAUUAUAAAUAAAAAUAGAAAUGUGAAAAUUCAACUGGUUACAUCGUUUUCUCAUAAAAUUCAAAUUUCCACCAAAGCUUCCACUGAAAUUUUGUCAGAGAUUUCAAUCUUGUUGAAUGAAACACAAAUGAAGAUAAAAAAAGAGUUAAAAGCUGUAGAAGUGAGAGUUUGUUGUGCUGGCAAAGAAUUUUCCACUUGCAUCAAUGACUUAAGCAGCUCUUUGAGAAAGUCGGAGCUAUACUUUCCCCAACAAGAGAACAGUUCAGCUAAAAUUAACACUCAUGUGUCUAAUCAACAGCUGAAUUUUAGAAAGAACAUAGAUGCUGAAAUACAGAAAAUAAAAAAUUCGCUCCAAUGUAUUAGAGAGAUGUAUAGUUUACAUAAUGCAUGCGCUGUUGAUCUAUGGAAUCAGAGGCAAGGAGACUUCUUUGAAAUGGAGAGAAAUACCGAAGACUUGUUUAAGAGCUUAACUCAGUUCCAGGAGGAUUUACCGAAAAUGUACAACGAUGCAUUUCCUUCAGAUUAUGAUUAUUAUUAUAACAGUUUGAAAGACUCAAAGGAAAAUGUAGGUUUUCAACUUGGCUGA